GCCUGAUCGUCUACUCUCGCAGGUCCGCUUCGCGAAGUAUUCUUAUGAUCAAGCGACUGAUGUCGAAAACCGGACUUCAAGAUCAACAGGAUCCAUUUUUUCAUGUCCUGAUGAUAGCAUAGCGUAUGACUGUCUACCACCCAAUAUGCAGUCGUGAUUUGAUCCGGCCGAUCAAAAUCGUUCCGCAGUACCAGCAUAUUAUUUUCCAUGGGAUCCCUCCAGUGCGGGAUAAAUAGGAUGACCAUGAGGUCUCAUUCGUAGUCAGAACCAAAGUUACAUCUCGAUUCAGGUCAUACGAAUCUAACCGCAAAUGAACAUGCUCGAUCGAAAGUCUCAGUACGAGGCGCUCAGAUCCCCGCUAUCUCCCGUGAGCGGACGUCAGAUCAACACGGCUGAUGACGUGUCGGAGAAUCCGCCGUCUUACGCUCAAGCUCAUUCGCUUGAAGCGCUCAACUACAAGGACAGUCUCGCGACGAUCCCGCCUGUCAUGUAUCUCUUCAAACAGGGCUGGGCGAGUGGCAUGCAGAGAGACGCAGAGAUGAACCUGAUCAAGGCCGAAGCAGUUUUGCAAGGUCUAUACCCCUUGAUCAACAACUUGAAUCGCCUUCGCGACAACGAGAAUCAGAAGCCCGGGGAACAAAGCGGCAAGCAGAGCAUCUUCAGCAGGUUGAGCCAAUCCUCCAAGAUGUCCCGCAAAGUCUCGUCCUCCUGCUCGAGGCAGCGUCUCAAGAUGAUGAUCGCGGCGGACAAGAUCAGCAUCCGAAACAGCUUUAUCGCUCAAGCGCGUUCGCAGAUCAAACACCAGCAGGGCUACAUCCGCCGUGCGGCGGCGAGCGAGUUCACAGCUCACGAUGCCGAAAUUUGGCUCGAGGGCCAGCUCGCGAUGCCGAAUGACAUGCACAAUUGUCAAUUCGUUGGUUGUCGUCAAGUUCGGUAUCUCGAGCGGCCUGCAAAGAAAGGGUAUGCCUUGCUAUGUCAGACCAAGGCAUACAAGAAUGCGAUGCGAGAACAAGAAGGUCGAAUGUUGCAGAUUGAGAAAGCUCUCCGAGACCUCAAUUGUAGCUAGCUUAGUAACCCCUAAAUCGCACCGUAGUUGAUCACAUCGCUGACUUAAUACGCGGCGCGAAGUAACACGUAUAGCGUUCUGAAAGACUCCCGAUUGCAGGCAGUCCGUGGAUGAUAUAAUACACGAGCUCAAGAGCUCGGAUGGAGGGAGAAAAAAGUCAAAAACAAUCCGUAACAACACAACAUUGCAGCCUGAACCUCUCAACCGCGACCUUGCCCCUUCUACUGGUGUCGGACGUAUGUCUGUGAAAAGGGCAAGUUUCGUUAGCAUUCAAGCCACACUAACCAUGAGUCAGUGAAAUGUGGUAACUCACUCCGAUGAGAAUGCCUAGAUGAAACAGAUAGCGCAACAAGCGGAGCGAGUGUCAGUCAACUAAGCCCCGGCUAGAUACACGAUACACCGCAGCAACGUACAGUGAUCACGCUCGUAAGGUUC